GAAAUAUGGGAACUAACCCCAACACGGCAUCAUGAGAGAUCAUGUUUCACCCCAAAAAACAUGUUCACAGUGUGCGUCCUCAGUUGCGUCAGUGCUGCUGUCAGUUUCUGCGCCACCAGCAGGCUCCUCCCACCUGCAUGGAGUCCUCCCACUUCCUGUGAGUGUCAGUAUAAGACAUGGUUCCCCCCCUCUAUUUCUCACACGCUCACUCCAACCUGGGUGCUGAAGGAACAAACUCUACAUCCUUUGACUCAUCCACUGCUGGCCCGACUCAAACAACUGCAGCCAUGAAUGUAGGAAUCUAUGUGUGUGUUCUUCUUGCUGCUCUAACCAGUGGAUCCCUGAGUCUGCCCUCACAUUUAAUGCCACAGAGAGCUGAGGGUGAGGCUCUCCCUUCAGACACACUGCCUCCCCCCUCACCCGACCACACACGUCACACCCGCUCAGCUCCAGCGCCCCCAUCAGGUCUGCUGACUAACCACAACCAACGCCAGGAGGAGGCAGAUGCUCUGAACAGCCUGAGCCAGCUCCUGGCUAGACUUGUCUCCAGGAAAGUCUCCCCCUACCACAGCAGAACCUCCCUGACCAGCAGAGCCAGCGGUCCGGGUCCUGCUCACAGACUAAUGGACAGAGAUUACCUCGGCUGGAUGGACUUUGGAAGACGCAGCGCAGAGGAGUACGAGUACUCCUCCUAAAGGCAUGGCUUGCUUUCGCUCAAACCAGAGCUACAUCCUCCAACUCUGCCGACAAAAAGCCCCUGAGAAUAAAGAGCCCUUUUCACACUGCACUUCCUGGAACCAAGGGCUGAAUUGACUGAAUCCUAGAAGGUGUUUAACAUUAUGAUGAAAGAGCAGAGAGGAGGAAAAUAAUCUAUUAAUCAAGCAAAUCAUGCAAUUUAUUAUCCCUGAAUCUCUGCGUUGAAGUUAAGAGCAUUCAAAGUACGUCUGCAAAACAUUAAAGCACAACAUUUAUAUUUUCAGAUAUGUCUGAUGAUAUUCUAUAUUGUGUUUCUUGGCAGUAAAUCCCAUAAAAAAAG